AUGCCCCUGAUAGAGUGGUGAGGGGUUUGUGAUGUGUGGUGAGGUUAUGAGAUGAUGGGUGAGGGCAUGUGUGUGGGGGGGGGUCAUGUGAUGUGGUGAGGCUAUGAUGAUGAUGGGUGAGGUCAGAUGAUGUGUGGUGAGGUUAUGAUGAUGUGGUGGGAUGUGAUGGGUAGGUCUAUUUGAUGUGGUAGGUCUUGAUGUUGGUAGGUCUAUGUAUUGGUGAUGCCCUGAGAUAUGGGGGUGAGGUCUAUGUGAGUUGGUGAGUCCGAGAGAGUGGUGAGGUCUUGUGAUGUGGUGAGGUCUAGAUUGAUGUGGGAGGUCUUGAUGAUGUGGUUUAUGCCAUGAUGUGAUGUGGUGAGUCCCGAUGAUGAUGUGGUGAGGUCUAUGAUGUGAUGUGGGGAGGUCUUAUGAGAUGUGGUGAGGGCUUGAGAGUGGUGAUGUCCUGAUGAUGAUGUGGUGAGUCCCUGAUGUGAGUGGGGUUUUCUAUGAGAGUGGUGAGGUCUGAUGGGUGAUGUCCCUGGGUGAUGAGUGGUGAGGUCUAUGAUGAUGAUGUGGUGAGGUCUAUGAUGAUGAUGUGGUGAGGUCGAUGAUGAUGAUGUGGUGAGGUCUAUGAUGAUUGGGGAGGUCUUGAUGAUUGGGUGAUGCCCUGAUGAUGAUGGGUGGGUUUUGAUGUGAUGUGGGGAGGUUAUGAUAUGAGGGGGGGGGUCUAUGAUGAGUGGUGAGUCUAAUGAUAGUGGUGAUGUCCCCUGAUGAUGAGGGUGAGGUCUAUGAGAUGAUGGGUGAGCUUGAUGUGUGUGGAGGUCUAGUGAGUGGUGAGGCUUGUGGUUUUGGGGAUGUCUUUUUGAUAUGUGGUGAGGUCAUGUGAUGAUGAGUGGGGGGUCUAUGAUGUGAGUGGUGAUGUCCCCUGAUGAUGAGUGGGGGAGGUCUAUGAUGAUGAUGUGGUGGGUUAUGAUGUGAUUGGGGAGGUCUAUGAUGAUGUGGGGAGGUCAUGAGAUGUGGUGAGUUACGUGAUGAUGUGGUGAGGGCUAUGAUGAUGAGUGGUGAGGGCUAUAGAGAUGAGUGGUGAGGUCUUGAUGAGAUUUUGGGGAUGUUAUGAUGAUGAUGUGGGGAGGUUAUGAUAUGAUGUGGUGAGGGUUUUGAUGAUGAUGUGGGUGAGGGGCUUUUAGAUGAUGUGGGGGUCCUGUGUGUGGGUGAGGUCUAUGAUGAGAUGUGGUGGGUUAUGAUGAUGAUGUGGUGAUGUCUAUGUGUGAUGUGGGAGGUCUAUGAUGUGUGUGGUGAGGGUUUUGUGAUGAGUGGUGAGUUAUGAUGAUGUGUGGUGGGGGUAGAUGAUGAUGGGUGAGGUUUAUGAUGAUUUAAGCGCAUUUAGCAGAGUCUUUUCCAGAGCGAUUACAGUAGUGGUGCAUACUAAUUUUUUUUUUCAUUCGGGCCCCCGGGGGUCGAACCCCAACCGGCGUUGCAAACGCCUGCUUACCAAAAUGAGCUAAAACCCCGCCCGGCCAUUUCCCCCCCACCUGGAACGGGGCCAAUUUUUCGCCCCAGGGGUUCCUGGCGUGGCGGGUACGACAGAGCCGGAUUGAACCCGGAUGGCUUAGACCACUGCGCCACUCGGGAGGUAUGUGGUGAGGUCUAAUGAUGAUGUGGUGCUGUCCAUGUGGAGUGAUGUGGUGAGUCUCGAUGAGUGGUGAGGUUAGAUGAUGAAGUGGUGAGGUCUAUUGAUGAUGAUGUGAUGUAUAUGAUGAUGUGGUGAGGUCUAUGAUGAUGAUGUGGUGCGGUCUUAUGCUGAUGUGGUGAUGUCUAUGAUGAAUGAUUUUGGUAGAUGUAUAUGAUGAGGUGGUGUGGUGAUAUGUCUUCUCUGGGUUUUACAGGGGACUGGGUUGUAUAGGAUACAGGAUUAAUUGCAGUGAGAUAGCCUAUUGAUUCUGAGUGUUCUCAUGUUGCAAAAUACACACACAUACAUGAUUAAAGGGUGAUUGUCCCUGACCAAUCAUGUUAUCAGAAUAAAAUGUGCAUUACUACAAUUAUUUUUAUACCAGCAAUCUGCGAUUUGCAAGUAGUUUACCUGUCCCCCCCCCCCGCUAUCUAUCCUUCUCCCUCCCUCCCUCUUCUCUCGCUCUCUCUCUCCCUCUCUCUCCCACAGUCCUUCUGACUAGGUCACAGUCCUCCUGACUAGGUCAAAGCACUCCUGACAAGGUCACAGCCCUCCUGACUAGGUCACAGUCCUCCCGACUAGAUCACAGUCCUAUGGGACUAUGUCACAGUCCUCCCAAAGAGGUCACAGCCCUACUGAUAGGUAACAGUCCUCCAGAACUAGGUCAAAAGUCCUAUUGAGAGGUCUAACCUCGACUGACCUAGGUACAGCCUCCGACUAUGUCACAGUACUCCCAAUAGGGUCACAGUCCUCCGAGUAGAUCUCAGCUCUCCUGAUAGGUCCACAGCCCUUCCUGAACUGUGUCCACAGUCCUCCGACUAGGUCCAGUCCUCUUGAGUAGGUCCAGCUCAUGACUAGGGUCCACAGCCCUCCUGCGACUAUGUCACAUUUCUCCCGACUAGGUCACAGUCUCCUGAGUUGGUCUCAGCUCUCAUGACUAGGUCACAGUCUCCGAAUGUCUCAGCCCUCCUAAGUAGGUCUCAUCUCUCCUGAAGUAGGUCACAGCCCUCGCUGAUAGGUUCACAGUCCUCCCGGACUAGGUCCAAAGUACGCCUGAGUCGGUCAGCUCCGACUAGGUCACAGCCCUCUGACUAGGUCCAGUCUCCUGAUAGGUCACAGUCCUCCUGAGUAGGUCUCAGCUUCCCUGAUAGGUACAGCCUCUAUAGUCACAGUCUCCGAUAGGUCACUCCUCUGAGUAGGUCUCAGCUCUCCUGACUAGGUCACAGCCCUCUGACUAGUCACAGUCCUCCCGACUAGGUCACAGUCCCCCUGAUAGGUCAGCUCUCCUAUAGGUCCAGCCUCCGAAUAGGUUCACCCCUAGUAGGUCUCAGCCUCCUGAGUAGGUCACAGUCCUCCUGACUAGGUCACAGCUCCGACUAGUCAAGUCUCCUGAUAGGUCCAGCUCUUGAUAGUCCAGCCUCCUGACUAGGUCACAGUCUCUGAGUAGGUCACAUCCUCCUGAUAGGUCCACUUCCUACUAGUCACAGCCUCCUGACUAGGUCACAGUCCUCCCGACUAGGUCACAGUCCUCGAGGGUCUCAGUCUCCUGAUAGGUCACAGCCCUCCUGGGCUAGGUCACAGCCUCCUGAGUAGGUCACAGUCCCUGAGUAGGUCCAGCUCUCCUGACUAGGUCACCCGCCCUCCUGACUAUGUCACAGUCUCCCGACUAGGUCACAGUCCUCUUGAGUAGGUCUCAGCUCUUGACUAGGUCACAGCCUCCUGACUAUGUACAGUCCUCCGACUAGGUCCAGUCCUCCUGAGUAGGUCUCAGCUCUCCUGACUAGGUCACAGUCUCCGAAUAGGUCUCAGCCUCCUAAGUGGUCUCAGCUCUCCUGAUGGUCAAGUCCUCCUGACUAGGUCACAGUCCUCCAGACUAGGUCACAGUCCUCUGAGUAGGUCUCACUCUCCUGACUAGGUCCACAGCCCUCCUGAUAGGUCACAGUCUCCUGAGUAGGUCACAGUCCUCCUGAGUAGGUCUCAGCUCUCGACUAGGUCACAGCCCUCCUGACUAUGUCACAGUCCUCCCGACUAGGUCACAGUCCUCUUGAGUAGGUCUCAGCUCUCCUGAUAGGUCACAACCCACUCCAGCCAUGUCACAUCCCUUCCCAACUAGGUCACAGCCCUCUGACUAGUCACAGUCUCCCGACUAGGUCACAGUCCUCUGAGUAGGUCUCAGUCUCCUGACUAGGUCACAGCCUCCUGACUAUGCUCAGCCUCCAACUAGGUCACAGUCCUCCUGAGUAGUCAUCAGCUCCUCCUGACUAGGUCACAGCCUCCGACUAUGUCACAGUCCUCCCGACUAGGUCACAGUCCUCUUGAGUAGGUCUCAGCCUCCUGACUAGGUCACACCCUCUGACUAGUCACAUCCUCCCGAUAGGUCACAGUCCUCCUGAGUUGGUCUCAGCCCUCCUGACUAGUCACAGUCCUCCCGAUAGGUCACAGCCUCUAAGUAGGUCUCAGCUUCCUGAGUAGGUCCACAGCCCUCCUGACUAGGUCCAGUCCUCCCGACUAGGUCACAGCCUCCUGAGUAGGUCUCAGCUCUCCUGACUAGGUCACAGCCCUCCUGACUAGGUCACAGUCCUCCUGAGUAGGUCACAGCCUCCUGAGUAGUUCUCAGCUCCUGACUAGGUCACAGCCCUCCCGACUAUGUCACAGUCCUCCCGACUAGGUCACAGCUCCUGAGUAGGUUCAGCUCUCCUGAUAGGUCACAGCCUCCUGACUAGGUCACAGCUCCCCUGAUAGGUCACAGCUCCCUGACUAGGUCACAGUCCUCCUGAGUAGGUCUCAGCUCUCCUGACUAGGUCACAGCCCUCCUGACUAGGUCACCAGUCCUCUGAAGUAGGUCACAGUCCUCCUGAGUAGGUCUCAGCUCUCCUGAUAGGUCACAGCCCUCCUGACUAGGUCACAGUCCUCCCGACUAGGUCACAGUCCUUUGAGUAGGUCUCAGCUCUCCUGGACUAGGGUCACAGCCCUCCUGACUAUGUCACAGUCCUCCCGACUAGGUCCCAGUCCUCCUGAGUAGGUCUUCAAGCUCUCCUGACUAGGUCACAGUCCUCCGAAUAGGUCUCAGCCCUCCUAAGUAGUGUCUCAGCUCUCCUGAGUUAGGUCACAUUCCUCCUGAUAGGUUCACAGUCACUCCAGACUAGGGUCCACAGUCCUCCUGAGUAGGUCUCAGCUCUUCCUUGACUAGGUCACAGGCCCUUCCUGACUCGGUCACAGUCCUCCUGAGUAGGUCACUAGGUCACAGUCAUCGAGUAGGUCUCAGCCUCUCCAUGACUAGCGUCACCAGCCCUCCUGACUAUGUCACAGUCCUCCCGACUAGGUCACAGUCCUCUUGAGUAGGUCUCAGCUCUCCUGACUAGGUCACAACCCUCCUGACCAUGUCACAGUCCUCCCGACUAGGUCACAGUCCUCCUGAGUAGAUCUCAGCUCUACUGACUAGGUCACAGCCCUCCUGACUAAUACACAGUCCUCCCGACUAGGUCACAGUCCUCCUGAGUAGGUCUCAGCUCUCCUGACUAGGUCACAGUCCUCUGAAUAGGUCUCAGCCUUCCUAAGUAGGUCUCAGCUCUCCUGAGUAGGUCACAGUCCUCCUGACUAGGUCACAGUCCUCCCGACUAGGUCACAGUCCUCCUGAGUAGGUCUCAGCUCUCCAGACUAGGUUACAGCCCUCCUGACUAGGUCACAGCCCUCCUGACUAGGUCACAGUCCUCCUGAGUAGGUCUCAGCUCUCCUGACUAGGUCAAAGCCCUCCUGACUAUGUCACAGUCCUCCCGACUAGGUCACAGUCCUCUUGAGAAGGUCUCAGCUCUCCUGACUAGGUCACAGUCCUCCUGACUAGGGUCUCAGCUCUCCUGACUAGGUCACAGCCUCCUGACUAGGUCUCAGCCCUCUGAGGUAGGGUUCUUCAGCACUCCUGACUAGGUCACAGUCCCUCCCUGAGUAGGUCACAGCCCUCCUGAGUAGUUCUCAGCUCGCCUGUCUAGGUCACAGCCCUCCUGACUAUGUCACAGUCCUCCCGACUAGGUCACAGUCCUCUUGAGUAGGUCUCAGCUCUCCUGACUAGGUCACAGCCCUCCUGACUAUGUCACAGUCCUCCCGACUAGGUCACAGUCCUCCUGAGUAGGUCUCAGCUCUCCUGACUAGGUCACAGUCCUCCGAAUAGGUCUCAGCCCUCCUAAGUAGGUCUCAGCUCUCCUGAGUAGGUCACAGUCCUCCUGACUAGGUCACAGUCCUCCCGACUAGGUCACAGUCCUCCUGAGUAGGUCUCAGCUCUCCUGACUUGGUCACAGCCCUCCUGACUAGGUCACGGUCCUCCUGAGUAGGUCACAGUCCUCCUGAGUAGGUCUCAGCUCUCCUGACUAGGUCACAGCCCUCCUGACUAUGUCACAGUCCUCCCGACUAGGUCACAGUCCUCUUGAGUAGGUCUCAGCUCUCUUGACUAGGUCACAACCCUCCUGACCAUGUCACAGUCCUCCCGACUAGGUCACUGUCCUCCUGAGUAGGUCUCAGCUCUACAGACUAGGUCACAGCCCUCCUGACUAUGUCACAGUCCUCCCGACUAGGUCACAGUCCUCCUGAGUAGGUCUCAGCUCUCCUGACUAGGUCACAGUCCUCUGAAUAGGUGUCAGCCCUCCUAAGUAGGUCUCAGCUCUCCUGAGUAGGUCACAGUCCUCCUGACUAGGUCACAGUCCUCCCGACUAGGUCACAGUCCUCCUGAGUAGGUCUCAGCUCUCCUGACUAGGUCACAGCCUUCCUGACUAGGUCACAGCCCUCCUGACUAGGUCACAGUCCUCCUGAGUAGGUCUCAGCUCUCCUGACUAGGUCACAGCACUCCUGACUAUGUCACAGUCCUCCCGACUAGGUCACAGUCCUCUUGAGUAGGUCUCAGCUCUCCUGACUAGGUCACAGUCCUCCUGACUAGGUCUCAGCUCUCCUGACUAGGUCACAGCCCUCCUGACUAGGUCUCAGCCCUCCUGAGUAGGUCUCUGCACUCCUGACUAGGUCACAGUCCUCCUGAGUAGGUCACAGCCCUCCUGAGUAGAUCUCAGCUUGCCUGACUAGGUCACAGCCCUCCUGACUAUGUCACAGUCCUCCCGACUAGGUCACAGUCCUCUUGAGAUAGAUCUCAGCUCUUCUGAGUAGGUCACAGCCCUCCUGACUAUGUCACAGUCCUCCCGACUAGGUCACAGUCCUCUUUAGUAGGUCUCAGCUCUCCUGACUAGGUCACAGCCCUCCUGACUAUGUCACAGUCCUCCCGACUAGGUCACAGUCCUCCUGAGUAGGUCUCAGCUCUCCUGAGUAGGUCUCAGCUCUCCUGACUAGGUCACAGCCCUCCUGACUAGGUCCCAGCCCUCCUGAGUAGGUCUCAGCUCUCCUGACUAGGUCACAGUCCUCCUGAGUAGGUCACAGCCCUCCUGAGUAGUUCUCAGCUCGCCUGACUAGGUCACAGCCCUCCUGACUAUGUCACAGUCCUCCCGACUAGGUCACAGUCCUCUUGAGUAGGUCUCAGCUCUCCUGACUAGGUCACAGCCCUCCUGACUAUGUCACAGUCCUUCCGACUAGGUCACAGUCCUCCUGAGUAGAUCUCAGCUCUCCUGAGUAGGUCUCAGCUCUCCUGACUAGGUCACAGCCCUCCUCAGUAGGUCUCAGCCCUCUUGAGUAGGUCUCAGUCUCCGGACUAGGUCACAGUCCUCCUGACUAGGUCUCAGCUCUCCUGACUAGGUCACAGCCCCCCUGAGUAGGUCUCAGCCCUCCUGAGUAGGUCUCAGCUCUCCUGACUAGGUCACUGCCCUCCUGAGUAGGUCUCAGCUCUACUGACUAGGUCACAGUUCUCCCGACUAGGUCACAGCCCUCCUGAGUAUGUCACAGUCCUCCUGACUAGGUCACAGUCAUCUGAAUAGGUGUCAGCCCUCCUAAGUAGGUCUCAGCUCUCCUGAGUAGGUCACAGUCCUCCUGACUAGGUCACAUUCCUCCCGACUAGGUCACAGUCCUCCUGAGUAGGUCUCAGCUCUUCUGUCUAGGUCACAGCCUCCUGACUAUGUCACAGUCCUCCCGACUAGGUCACAGUCCUCUUGAGUAGGUCUCAGCUCUCCUGACUAGGUCACAGCCCUCCUGACUAUGUCACAGUCCUCCCGACUAGGUCACAGUCCUCUUGAGUAGGUCUCAGCUCUCCUGACUAGGUCACAGCCCUCCUGACUAGGUCACAGUCCUCCGAUAGGUCACCAGUCCCCCUGAGUAGGGUCUCCAGCUCUCCUGACUAGGUCACAGCCCUCCUGACUAGGUCACAGUCCUCCCGACUAGGUCACAGUCCUCCUGAGUAGGUCUCAGCUCUCCUGACUAGGUCACAGCCCUCCUGACUAGGUCACAGCCCUCCUGACUAGGUCACAGUCCUCCGACUAGGUCCAGUCCUCUGAGUAGGUUCAGCCCUGACUAGGUCACAGCCCUGACUAGGUCACAGUCCUUCCGAUAGGUCACAAGACUAUGUUUCCCACAGUCCCCUCCGACUAGGUCACAGUCCUCUUGAGUAGGUCUCAGCUCUCCUGACUAGGUCACGCCCUCCUGACUAUGUCACAGUUCUCCCGACUAGGUCACCGUCCCUCCUGAGUAGGUCUCAGCUCUCCUGACUAGGUCACAGUCCCUCCGAAUAGGUCUCAGCCCUCCUAAGUAGGUCUCAGCUCUCCUGAGUAGGUCACAGUCCUCCUGACUAGGUCACAGUCCUCCAGACUAGGUCACAGUCCUCCUGAGUAGGUCUCAGCUCUCCUGACUAGGUCACAGCCCUCCUGACUAGGUCACAGUCCUCCUGAGUAGGUCACAGUCCUCCUGAGUAGGUCUCAGCUCUCCUGACUAGGUCACAGCCCUCCUGACUAGGUCACAGUCCUCCCGACUAGGUCACAGUCCUCCUGAGUAGGUCUCAGCUCUCCUGACUAGGUCACAGCCCUACACUUGGACUCAAUGGUCACACAGUCCCUCCUGAGUUAGGUCUCAGCUCUCCUGACUAGGUCACAGCCCUCCUGACUAUGUCACAGUCCUCCCGACUAGGUCACAGUCCUCUUGAGUAGGUCUCAGCUCUCCUGACUAGGUCACAGCCCUCCUGACUAUGUCACAGUCCUCCCGACUAGGUCACAGUCCUCCUGAGUAGGUCUCAGCUCUCCUGACUAGGUCACAGUCCUCCGAAUAGGUCUCAGCCCUCCUAAGUAGGUCUCAGCUCUCCUGAGUAGGUCACAGUCCUCCUGACUAGGUCACAGUCUCCAGGGACUAGGGCACAGUCUCCUGAGUAGGUCUCAGCUCUCCUGACUAGGUCACAGCCCUCCUGGACUAGGUCACAGUCCUCCUGAGUAGGUCACAGUCCUCCUGAGUAGGUCUCAGCUCUCCCUGACUAGGUCACAGCCCUCUGACUAUGUCACAGUCCCUCCGACUAGGUCACAGUCCUCUUGAGUAGGUCUCAGCUCUCCUGACUAGGUCACAACCCUCCUGACAUGUCACAGUCCUCCCGACUAGGUCACAGUCCUCCUGAGUAGGUCUCAGCUCUCCUGACUAGGUCACAGCCUCCUGACUAAUCACAGUCCUCCGAACUAGGUCACAGUCCUUCCUGAGUAGGUCUCAGCUCUCCUGACUAGGUCACAGUCCUCCCGGAAUAGGUCUCAGCUCUCCUGUAGGUCUCAGCCUCGGUAGGUCCGUCCUCCUGAGUAGGUCACCCCAGGGCCUCCGACUAGGUCACAGCCUCCUGAGUAGGUUCAGCUCUCCUGACUAGGUCACAGCCCUCCUGACUAGGUCACAGUCCCUCCGACUAGGUCACAGUCCUCUGAGUAGGUCUCAGCUCUCCUGAUAGGUCACAGCCCUCCUGACUAUGUCACAGUCCUUCCCCGACUAGGUCACAGUCCUCUUGAGUAGGUCUCAGCUCUCCUGACUAGGUCACAGCCUCCUGACUAGGUCUCAGUCUCCUGACUAGGUCCACAGGCCCUCCUGACUAGGUCUCAAGCCCUCCUGAGUAGGUCUCAGCACUCCUGAUAGGUCACAGUCCUCCUGAGUAGGUCACAGCCCUCCUGGUAGUUUCAGCUCGCCUGUCUAGGUCACAGCCCUCCUGACUAUGUCACAGUCCUCGACUAAGUCACAGUCCUCUUGAGUAGGUCUCAGCUCUCCUGAGUAGGUUCAGCUCUCCGACUAGGUCAACUCCCUCCUGAGUAGGUCUCAGCUCUCGACUAGGUCACAGUUCUCCCGCUAGGUCACAGCCCUCCUGAGUAUGUCACAGUCCUCCUGACUAGGUCACAGUCAUCUGAAUAGGUGUUCAGCCCUCCUAAGUAGGUCUCAGCUCUCCUGAGUAGGUCACAGUCCCCCUGACUAGUCACAUCCUCCCGACUAGGUCACAGUCCUCCUGAGUCAGGUCUCAGCUCUUGCUGCUAGGUCACAGCCCUCCUGACUAUCACAGUCCUCCGACUAGGUCACAGUCCUCCCUUUAGUAGGUCUCAGCUCUCCUGACUAGGUCACAGCCUCCUGACUAUGUCACAGUCCUCCCGACUAGGUCACAGUCCUCUUGAGUAGGUCUCAGCUCUCCUGACUAGGUCACAGCCCUCCUGACUAGGUCACAGUCCUCCUGAGUAGUCAGUCCUCUGAGUAGGUCUCCUCUCCUGACUAGGUCACAGCCCUCCUGACUAUGUCACAGUCCUCCCGAUAGGUCACAGUCCUCCUGAGUAGUGUCAGCUCUCCUGACUAGGUCACAGCCUCCUGACUAGUCACAGCCUCGACUAGGUCACAGUCCUCCCGAUAGGUCACAGUCCUCCUGAGUAGGUCUCAGCUCUCCUGACUAGGUCACAGCCCUCCUGACUAGGUCACAGUCCUCCUGAGUAGGUCACAGUCUCCUGAGUAGGUCUCAGCUUCCUGACUAGGUCACAGCCCUCCUGACUAUGUCACAGUCCUCCCGACUAGGUCACAGUCCUCUGAGUAGGUCUCAGCUCUCCUGACUAGGUCACAGCCCUCCUGACUAUGUCACACGCCUCCCGACUAGGUCACAGUCCUCUGAGUAGGUCUCAGCUCUCCUGACUAGGUCACAGUCCUCGAAUAGGUCCUCGCCUCCUAAGUAGGUCUCAGCUCUCCUGAGUAGGUCACAGCUCUCCUGACUAGGUCACAGUCCUCCAGACUAGGGCACAGUCCGAGUCUCACUCUUGACUAGGUCACAGCCUCCUGACUAGGUCACAGUCCUCCUGAGUAGGUCACAGCCUCCUGAGUAGGUUCUCAGCUCUCCGACUAGGUCACAGCCCUCCUGACUAGGUCACGCCCUCCUGAUAGGUCACAGUCCUCUGAGUAGGUCUCAGCUCUCCUGACUAGUCACAGCCUCCUGACUAGGGCCACCUCCCGAGUAGGUCACAGUCUCUGAGUAGGUCUCAGCUCUCCUGACAGUCAGCCUCUGACUAGGUCACAGUCCUGACUAGGUACAGUCCUCUGAUGGUUAGCCUCCUUGAAUAGGUCAAAGCCCUGCCUGAAUAGUCACAGUCCUCCCGACUAGGUCCACGUCCUCCUGAGUAUUUGGUCUCAGCUCUCCUGAGUAGGUCUCAGCUCUCCUGACUAGGUCACCCGCCCCUCCUGACUAGGUCUCAGCCCUCAUGAGUAAGGUCUUCAUGCUCUCCUGACUAGGUCCACAGUCCUCCUGAGUAGGGUCACAGCCCUCCUGAGUAGUUCUCAAGCUCGCCUCUGACUAGGUCACAGCCCUCCUGACUAUGUCACAGUCCUCCCGACUAGGUCACAGGUCCCUCUUGAGUAGGUCUCAAGCUCUCCUAUGAUAGGUCACAGCCCUCCUGACUAUGUCACAGUCAGUCCCGACUAGGUCACAGUCCUCCUGAGUAGGUCUCAGCUCUCUGAGUAGGUCUCAGCUCUCCUGACUAGGUACAGCCCUCCUCAGUAGGUCUCAGCCCUCUGAGUAGGUCUCAGCUCUCCUGACUAGGUCACAGUCCUCUGACCAGGUCUCAGCUCAUAUGACUAGGUCACAGCCCCCCUGAGUAGGUCUCAGCCCUCCUGAGUAGGUCUCAGCUCUCCUGACUAGGUCACAGCCCUCCUGAGCUAUGUCACAGUCCUCCUGACUAGGUCACAGUCCUCUGAAUAGGUGUCAGCCCUCCUAAGUAGGUCUCAGCUCUCCUGAGUAGGUCACAGUCCUCCUGACUAGGUCACAGUCCUCCCGACUAGGUCACAGUCCUCCUGAGUAGGUCUCAGCUCUCCUGACUACGUCACAGCCCUCCUGACUAGGUCACAGCCCUCCUGACUAGGUCACAGUCCUCCUGAGUAGGUCUCAGCUCUCCUGACUAGGUCACAGCCCUCCUGACUAUGUCACAGUCCUCCCGACUAGGUCACAGUCCUCUUGAGUAGGUCUCAGCUCUCCUGAGUAGGUCUCAGCUCUCCUGACUAGGUCACAGCCCUCCUCAGUAGGUCUCAGCCCUCUUGAGUAGGUCUCAGCUCUCCUGACUAGGUCACAGUCCUCCUGACUAGGUCUCAGCUCUCCUGACUAGGUCACAGCCCCCCUGAGUAGGUCUCAGCCCUCCUGAGUAGGUCUCAGCUCUCCUGACUAGGUCACAGCCCUCCUGAGUAUGUCACAGUCCUCCUGACUAGGUCACAGUCCUCUGAAUAGGUGUCAGCCCUCCUAAGUAGGUCUCAGCUCUCCUGAGUAGGUCACAGUCCUCCUGACUAGGUCACAGUCCUCCCGACUAGGUCACAGUCCUCCUGAGUAGGUCUCAGCUCUCCUGACUAGGUCACAGCCCUCCUGACUAGGUCACAGCCCUCCUGACUAGGUCACAGUCCUCCUGAGUAGGUCUCAGCUCUCCUGACUAGGUCACAGCCCUCCUGACUAUGUCACAGUCCUCCCGACUAGGUCACAGUCCUCUUGAGUAGGUCUCAGCUCUCCUGACUAGGUCACAGUCCUCCUGACUAGGUCUCAGCCCUCCUGACUAGGUAUCAGCCCUCCUGAGUAGGUCUCAGCUCUCCUGACUAGGUCACAGUCCUCCUGAGUAGGUCACAGCCUUCCUGAGUAGUUCUCAGCUCGCCUGACUAGGUCACAGCCCUCCUGACUAUGUCACAGUCCUCCCGACUAGGUCACAGUCCUCUUGAGUAGGUCUCAGCUCUCCUGACUAGGUCACAGCCCUCCUGACUAUGUCACAGUCCUCCCGACUAGGUCACAGUCCUCUUGAGUAGGUCUCAGCUCUCCUGACUAGGUCACAGCCCUCCUGACUAUGUCACAGUCCUCCCGACUAGGUCACAGUCCUCCUGAGUAGGUCUCAGCUCUCCUGAGUAGGUCUCAGCUCUCCUGACUAGGUCACAGCCCUCCUGACUAGGUCUCAGCCCUCCUGAGUAGGUCUCAGCUCUCCUGACUAGGUCACAGUCCUCCUGAGUAGGUCACAGCCCUCCUGAGUAGUUCUCAGCUCGCCUGACUAGGUCACAGCCCUCCUGACUAUGUCACAGUCCUCCCGACUAGGUCACAGUCCUCUUGAGUAGGUCUCAGCUCUCCUGACUAGGUCACAGCCCUCCUGACUAUGUCACAGUCCUCCCGACUAGGUCACAGUCCUCUUGAGUAGGUCUCAGCUCUCCUGACUAGGUCACAGCCCUCCUGACUAUGUCACAGUCCUCCCGACUAGGUCACAGUCCUCCUGAGUAGGUCUCAGCUCUCCUGAGUAGGUCUCAGCUCUCCUGACUAGGUCACAGCCCUCCUGAGUAGGCCUCAGCCCUCCUGAGUAGGCCUCAGCUCUCCUGACUAGGUCACAGUCCUCCUGAGUAGGUCUCAGCUCUCCUGAGUAGGUCUCAGCUCUCCUGACUAGGUCACAGCCCUCCUGAGUAGGCCUCAGCCCUCCUGAGUAGGUCUCAGCUCUCCUGACUAGGUCACAGUCCUCCUGAGUAGGUCUCAGCCCUCCUGAGUAGGUCUCAGCUUUCCUGACUUGGUCACAGUCCUCCUGAGUAGGUCUCAGCCCUCCUGAGUAGGUCUCAGCUCUCCUGACUAGGUCACAGUCCUCUUGAGUAGGUCUCAGCCCUCCUGAGUAGGUCUCAGCUCUCCUGAGUAGGUCUCAGUCCUCCUGACUAGGUCUCAGUCCUCCCUGAAGUCCCUACUACCCUCUCCAGAUGGUAUGUUAGUUAGGCUAUCCCACAGUCAGUCCCAGUCCAACCAUAACACACCACUUCAACAAACUCUUUGAACCUUAGUCAGUGUUCCAGGCCUGAAUUAAACUCAGCCUACGUAAAAAACACUGCACCCAAACAUGACAGGGAUCUCUUGAUCUACCAGCAGUUUAUUUGGUAUAAUCCCCAAAUUAUACAUGUUGGGACGCAUACAAAUACGAGCACACACACACACACACACACACACACACACACACACACACACACACACACACACACACACACACACACACACACGCACAGUGAUAAUUAGAACUAUUGCAGACUUAGGAGAGGAAAAGAGAAUAGAGGAGAGAAGAGAGAAAUACUUGAUCGGGCUCCUGGAGGAUUGCAGCUGUUGGGUGGUUGGUGAGUUUCCCAGGGCUGUGAACCGGUCCCAUGGGACAGAUGAGGCACUCUACUGGGCUUGGCCAGCUAAUGAGCCAGCCUCUCACAUUCACCCCCUGGUUCUUCCUCACACCAACCAUCCACAGUGGAUAUGUAUAAUAACAAGGGAAACAAAGCUAGAUGUAACUAUGGGAUUUACAUUAACCUCCCGAGUGGCGCAGUGGUCUAAGGCACUGCAUUGCAGUGCUAGCUGUGCCACUAGAGAUCCUGGUUCGAAUCCAGGGUCCAGGGUAGGGGAGGGAAUGGCCGGCAGGGAUGUAGCUCAGUUGGUAGAGCAUGGUGUUUGCAACGCCAGGGUUGUGGGUUCGAUUCCCACAGGCGGACAGUAUAAAAAAAUAAAAAAUAAUGUAUGCACUCACUAACUGUAAGUCGCUCUGGAAAAGAGUGUCUGCUAAAUGAAAAAAUAAAAAUAAAAAUGAAAUGGGGUUGCUAUUUAAUCAAGAUUUUUAUAGGCAUCACCACCAAGCGUCCACAGGUCCUCAUCUGCAUUGAGGCAUCACCACCACCAAGCAUCCACAGGUCCUCAUCUACAUUAAAGUUGCAUCCACUUUUCAACCUAAUUUUUCAGUAUCUCCAGCACCAUACCGGCAGGGUGGGAAAAUAUGUUUUGGGUCCACCAGCCACAGUGGCAGGUAGAUAAACACAUCUACCAGACAAAAUUGGUUUUUCGCCAUAAGGGGGGUCAUGUUUUUUUUCAAUUUCAGUCAGGGGGAGGGUUUACAUUUUUUAUUUUUUUAGUCCAGGGGAGGGUCAUGUAAUUUGUAAUCGAUUAAAUGUCAUAUUGCUCAGGGUUUGAGAAUACGUUUCUUAUUAUAGUAUCUCACGUGUGCCCGAUGAUGCCACUUAUCCCUGAUUCCCUGCUGGGUGCCCAAUUUCAAGUGGGCCUAUUGUGGUGUCAAUAAUAUUAUCCAUACAGUGCCUUUGCAAAAGUAUUCAUCCCCCUUGGCGUUUUUCCUAUUUUGUUGCAUUACAACCUGUAAUUUAAAUGGAUUUUUAUUUGGAUUUCAUGUAAUGGACAUACACAAAAUAGUCCAAAUUGGUGAAGUGAAAUGAAAAAAAUAGUAAAGGCCCCAUAUUGAUCGGUGCCUUCAAAUCUUUGUUGUGACUUACUACCAUAUAUGGGCAUACGAAUUUAUAAGGGCAGGGCGAGCCGAUUACCUCAUUCCAAGAUGGCUGCUACCUACAUUCCGGUUAGCAUUGUGAAGCAUAAAGGAAAUAAACAUGGAAUACGUUGAUACACACCGAAAGCCGGGACUCCACAGAUCAUGAAGAGGUCUUAUUUGUCUGCCUGUGACCUACUGUUAUUGAUCACCAGCCCAGAGAGUCAAAAUGUUUAUUUUACACAACGUUUUCACCAAACAGCAAACAUCUUACAAGGUAAGCUUAGAUUUGGUCUGUGUUUGAGAUAUAGCUACAUGGGGGUUAUCAAAUCUAGCCUAUUGCCAAUGUUAUCUGAUGAUGUAUGACUUAAUGGCAACAUCGAAUGUCCACCAAGUGACCAUAUCUUUGCGCAUCAAAAAUAUGACGUUGCUGAAGGCAUCCACUACACAGGGGAUUGGCUACUAUGGCAGCUUGACAGUCUUGUAGCCAAUGAGAUAAGCUUUCCAGGCAUAUGCAGUUGACCUGGGUGGGACAAAGCAAGGCCUAGAACCUUUUAUGCGUAAUGCGAACUAUUGCUACCUGGCUCAGAGACGAGAUGCACCGAACACGCUACGUUGCAUUGUAAACAGAUUUCAUCGCUUUACCAUAAAAGAUGGCUUCUAAAGGGGGGUAAAAAAAGUUAAAAACUAAGAAUAUUGAACAGGAAGCUAAAAAGAAGGCAGCUAUGAAUAAGUAUACCAACAUAGAAGCUUUGAAUAAAAUACUGGAGUCGGACUCGGAUCAGGGGAGCGAUUUGGACAAUGAGGAUUUCGACUUGGCUGACGAAGAAAAUUAUUUUCAUUACUAUAUAUAGCUAAAAUGUAUUUCACUUUAAAUAAGCUUUGGAUUUAGUUUACAUAGGCCUAUGUAACAGGUCAUUUCAAUGUUAUAUAAGUAGUUAUUGCCUAUGUUUCAUAUUAGUUCACUGUUUGCUGUUCUAAGUUUCAUCCUUGUAACUUUGGAGAGGCCACUAAACUCUCAUGGCCAUUGUUUAUUUGUGGUUCUCACCUCUGCCUUUGUCUCCAAAGUGUUUCUGUUUGCAUUGUGUGUGCUUCACACCUUCUAUGUAAGUCACUGUACAGAUAAAGUUCAGGCUUGGUAUUUUUUCUUUACAGUAAUGUCGUUUUGUAAAUUUAGUCAACUGUAAUUCUGUGUGUCUUACAACAAUAUAUCCCUUAAUUUUUUUCACCACAGAGUGGAGGAUGCAGAGGAUUUGGAUGAUGACGUUUGGGAGCUACCCCUCCUCAGCAAGCGCCCCCGCCGGUCAAGGUCUUCAUCCCCCCCCACUGCUAUGUCAAUCACCCCGUCUGUUUGUUCUACAUACACUACUCCGCAAAGACCCCACUCCUCUUCAACCACCCCCACUGCAGGCCCUGGCACCACUCCCCUCUCUCUCUCUGCAAGUUCAUCUGGAGGUGUGGGGGCAGGGAGGAGAUCUAGGCCUCAACAGAGGAGAGGGAGAGGGAGAGGAAGCAGCACAACAGAGGAGAGGGAGAGGAAGCAGCACAACAGAGGAGAGGGAGAGGAAGCAGCACAACAGAGGAGAGGGAGAGGAAGCAGCACAACAGAGGAGAGGGAGAGGGAGAGGCAGUGGAAGCAGCACAACAGAGGAGAGGGAGAGGCAGUGGAAGCAGCACAACAGAGGAGAGGGAGAGGCAGUGGAAGCAGCACAACAGAGGAGAGGGAGAGGCAGUGGAAGCAGCACAACAGAGGAGAGGGAGAGGGAGAGGCAGUGGAAGCAGCACAACAGAGGAGAGGGAGAGGCAGUGGAAGCAGCACAACAGAGGAGAGGGAGAGGCAGUGGAAGCAGCACAACAGAGGAGAGGGAGAGGCAGUGGAAGCAGCACAACAGAGAAGAGGGAGAGGCAGUGGAAGCAGCACAACAGAGGAGAGGGAGAGGCAGUGGAAGCAGCACAACAGAGAAGAGGGAGAGGCAGUGGAAGCAGCACAACAGAGGAGAGGGAGGGGGAGAGGCAGUGGAAGCAGCACAACAGAGGAGAGGGAGGGGGAGAGGCAGUGGAAGCAGCACAACAGAGGAGAGGGAGAGGCAGUGGAAGCAGCACAACGCAGUGGAAGCAGCACAACAGAGGAGAGGGAGAGGCAGUGGAAGCAGCACAACAGAGGAGAGGGAGAGGCAGUGGAAGCAGCACAACAGAGGGAGAUUAAACUGAGGACAGGUGGCAUACGGUCCUUGAAGAUGAGGAGGAGACAGAACAAUUUAGGUUUAAACCCCAACGACCUGAAGGCCCACAGUUGGUUAGUGAUGAAAACAUACACCCCCUUUCAGCUGUUUCAGCUGUACUUUACCACCGCUGUACUGGGAACACUAAUUAGUCAUACCAACAAGUAUGGGGACAAGAAGCAGCAGGGGGGAAGGAAGAAGUCCUGGAAACCUGUCACCAUGGGUGACAUGCUCAACUACGUUUCCUUGGUGAUUUACAUGGGACUGGUAAAGGUUUCAAGACUAGUUGACAACUGGAGCAAGUCCCGACUCUAUCAGUUGGAGUUCCCCACCUCCAUCAUGAGUGAAAACCGAUUCUUGGCCAUCAACCGUACUCUUCAUAUGAGUGACCCACAGAGGGAUCAGGAGAAUGUCCAGAAGAAGAGGACUGCAGGGUAUGAUCGUCCUGUAAGAGUCAAGACCCAUAUGAGAGUUGUUUAUACGAACGAGACAUGA